UAGCUGGCAGUGGAGGGAGGAGGAGCUCCGACUGUGCUCUCUUACGGCAGUUUUUGUGCCUCUCGGCACUUGUCGUGCAUUUCUUUUUUAAGUAAAACAGCAGGUCCCUGACCUCAUAGACCAGCUAGUUUGGGAGGUGGCGGCAGACUACGGGCUGAGGCCCCAGAUCUGCCUGGGGUAAGGCUGCUUCUACAAGUUCAGGGCCACCCUCAGUAACGUGGCUGCUAGGGCAGCACAGUUACAAUUUCAUUGAAGGCUCAGGCAGGAGUGGAGAAGAGUGUAGGUGCCCCAUGGGGAAUAUACUGAGCUGUUGUGGCAGCUCCAGCUGUGGCUGGCGCAGGCGGAAGGUGGCACACUGUGAUGAAUCUGAUAUUUAUGAGGCCGUGGCUGCUACAACAUCAGAAUCCACUACUGUAGAGCCUGGCAAGCUGGAUGUGGGAGCCACAGAGGGCCAAGACCUGCAGCACAUCAGCAACCAAAAGAUGCCCACAGGUUCUGUUCCGGACCUGGAGGAUUGUGCGUUUGAUAUUGUGGACAAGAUGUUACCUGAAAUGGUGAACUAUACAGCCCAAAAUUCCUACCGUCCCCCUGAGAACGGCCUGAGUUUAAAAUUUCUACCACCAAGUGAGGAAGACAAUGAUGAUGCCCAGAUUUUACCAUCACGUGUCCAGGCUUCUCCUGAGGACAACCUGAGUUUAGUAUGCCUACCAGGAAAUGAAGAUUAUGAUGGUGAUGAUGAUGAUGAUGAUGAUGAUGAUGAUGAUGCCCAGAUUUUACCAUCACCUGUCCAGGGUUCUAAAGAGAGGAUUCUGGAGAAUCUCAGAAGGGAAGAGGAUGCCUUUCCAGCUUCUGUUGAGGACAACCUGAGUUUAGUAUGCCCAUCGCCAAGUGAAGAUGGUGACUGUGAUGAUGAUGAUGUCCAGAUUUUACCAUCACCUAUCCAGGAUUGGCCAGAGGACCGCCUGUUUUUAAGAUGCUUACCACGAUACAAAGAUGAAGAUGAUGAUGAUGAUGUUGAUGCCCACAUAACAGCUCAGAAAGAAAGUGACCUGACGCUGGAGAGUCUAAGUGACGAGGAGAUUCAUCCAGGGUGAAGCCCUUCUGUGGAGCUGACCAGGGUGCUGACCCAAAGGACAGGCCAGCGCGUGCUACAGAGACAUCUGAGGGAGGAUCAAGCUCCGCAAUCAGCGGUUUUCCCUGGCUUGGCCUAGAGAAAUGAUGGCGACUUUCCUGUGAUUCCUAGGCUCCCCUCCUGGACAGCACCAGGAAUGUGCCUUCGAGGCGGCUGGGCUUCAGGCCAGCCUGGGGGCGUGCUUGGGUGACUUUGGAGAAUGCAGCUGUUUGCUGGGAAGAUCUUAAGGAGGAAACCAGAACCUCUCCCUGUCCCGAACUCUCAUCCUU